AUGGUGGGGUGCUGUCACGGCCGGCGCGGCCGCACUCCCUCUCUAAGCGCCGGGCACGGCGGCGGCGACGGCGAGCGUCACCCCCGAAUCUCCUGCGGGGCGGCGGCUGGGAGGCGACCGGCGGGGAGGCGACCUGCGGAAAGGCGCCGCGCCCGCCGCCCGCAGCUGUCGGUGCCGCGCCACCUUGCAGCUGCGAGCACCGAAAGCCGGGGCGGGGAAAGGAGACAAGGUGGGAAAUCUCCUGCGGGAGUCGGGGGGGACCGGGUUAAACAAAACUACCCCGAGCCGACUCCUCGGUGGAAGGCCGGAGAGGUUCAUUCCAACCCAUCCAGCUCCGGGCCGCCUCUGCCGUUACACUUGACUUUGCGAGUUCAGUCCACGUUCGUUGGGGGGGUUGGGGGACUUCAGAGGGUUGCAAACGGGGAAGAGAGGGAAGAGCCCCGGCCCACCAGCUGGGGCCCAGGAACUGCCCCGGAGGUGGCAGCACUGGCUGCGCCACAAAGCUCCGGGGCUGGCAGCCAGCGGGCCCGCACGGAGAGGGCAGAGAAAUCAAAGCGGCCCGAUAACGCGUUACCCACCCGCGCCCCGACAGCAACGGCUACAGGAGCCGCUGGGGGCUCCGGGCGCCGGCGCCUCUCCUGCCGCGUGUUUCCCUCCAAAAGUCACGCCGCGGAGGCGCCGCCGGCUUCCCAAGGCCGGAGCUGGCCAGGCAGGUGCCGGGCCCGUGGGAAGGCGAGUCACUCAGCCCACCUGGCCGCCGUUCGCCCCGGCCCCCGCUGGCCGCACCCUCCCGGCGGCCGCCGCUGCGGGGGCGCGGGGCUGGCGCCGGGCCGCGUGGCUGAGGCAGGGCCGGAGCGGCGCGGGGUCCCAGCCGAGAGGAGAGGGGUCGCUGCCGCCCCAGCCCGCCCGCCGGCAGCUGCCCACGCGAGGCGAGAGAAGCGAGAACGCUUACCCAUUUGGAGGGCCGAAGAAAGCUGGGCUGCGGACGGGAGCUCGCUGAAGUGGCAUCGAAGUGUCAUUCUGGAAUCGGGCGUUUCGUUUCUCUCGGGGUUCUGCUCUAGAAAUUACACACAUCUAUCUGAACUAUUCUUGGAUCCCCUUCGACUUCCGCAACGAGAACAAGUCACAGAUUCAAAACACAGAUUGAUUCGGGCGGGCAGAGGGCAGGGGCUGGGGCAGCCGGCGCUCGCCCUGCCCGCUCCGCGCCGCAUCCCCUGCCCUUGGCCCGGCAGCGGGGGAACGCACCUCCCGCCGCCAUCGGGCCGUGCAUGGCGUUGUUAUCGGGGCUAAGGCCGGGCCCUGGGCGACGGAGACCUCUCCUAGGCUUGAAAUAACUUGUUGUGGAAAACUCUUCUGGGAUAAAUACGCCCAACGGCGCUGAAAAUACCUUAAGACCCAAGCCUAGAGGUUUGCUCAUUUCCCUUCGGAUUUAGGUAAUGGUUAAAUAUGGAAGGGGUAGGCGAGAGGUGUCGUCCCCCCGUCCCGUCCCCCCGUCCCCCCCCCCGGCUACUGUUGCUUGACAGCGGUUCAAACACUGAGGCGAAAGCGGAGCGGAGCCAGGCAAAGUGGGGAGAGAUUGCCCUCCCUCCCUCCUCGUCUGCGUGCCGGCGCUCAGGUGCUAACUCGGGGAGGAUCCGUGGGGCACCGGCGACGAGAACGGUAACGGGAUUGGCAUCAGGCAGCAUCCUGCACCAGUGGAGACCACUGCGUUACACAGCGGGGAAGCCUGCUCCCUUCUGCAAAAAGAAAAGGGUUCGCCUUGCUUUAGGCACACACACGACCUCAAAAUACAAUUUUCCAGGUCUGAUCUUGGAUUCCUAAUACAGCCAGGAAGUCAGGCUUAGGUCUUCGCUAUCUUUCUGAGGCGGUUCUGGGCUUCGGUCUUAGACAUCUCAGGCCAUCAGCAACUUCCUUUCGGUGACUGUAGGGUCGACUAAAGUGCGACACUACAGUGAGCGAAUCGAGGUUUAACACCAUUUCCCGUUCAGAAACGACAGAAGCAAAAAUUCAGCCUCCCUCACGCUCAGGAGUAUGCUGCCUUUGAGACCAGAUUUUUUUUUCACCACCAGUCCCGAAGCAUUUACAGAAAAAAUAGCCACUUGAUGCUUGUGAGCCCCUACGGUUCAUAGGACUAGCCUGACUUCCCAAAAUCUAACUAAGCAAGCGAACGCCACCUCUAGUAAAACUGUCCAACAACGGUGUGAUGCUUUUCUGUGACACAAAAGGAAGCUGAAGAACACGACUGAUACCUUCAUUUUUGCCGGAAAGUUCCUGGUGCUGGGCACAGCAGUUUUACUUACGGCAUCUGUGUACUGCGGUCGCCUUGCUGCCAUCAACCUUAGGUUGAUUACUCCGCAGAUCAUUCACGCCUUCAGCUUCAAUAAUCAAUGCUGGAAUCUGUAGAAAUAACCAGAUUAGAGCAACUCGGUAUAAUUUCGUGUAUGUGUCUUCGUUGACUCACUGUUACUUUUUGCAAAACAGUCUUUCUCGUUUGCCUCUGAAAUGGGAUGAUAAAUUCGUGCCCUUUCGUUUACCUUGCCACACAUCUCUCUGUGUACUGAAAGCACCAGAACACAUUAAAUUACUAGUAACGCUCAUAAGCAAUUGUGACCUGGUUACAAGAAAAUGCACAUUCGUUUUUAUAUAUGUAAAUUUAAAAUGUGUACAGGUGCUGCUGUGGGCUGUAAGGCGUGGUGAUCUCCGUUCGGAGGGUGCUUGCAGCCUUCCAAGAAGAGGGAUGGGCUGCCGGGCGCCGAGUGGCUCCGCUCGGGGCUGUCCUGCGGGAGGCACCCUGCUGAGCCCCUUGUGCUCAACCCACCUGCGGACGGCCCUUUCUCACCUACUGCUUCCUAAUCAGGUUAAACCCCUUCAGCAGAAAUAAAUAAAUAAAUCAAAC